AUGCCGCUGCGCUUGAAGCCAGGGCUGCCGCUGCCGCCGCCCCUGCUGCUGCUGCUGGGGCCGCUCGCUCCCUUCUCCCCGCGCGCCCUGGCGGGACCCGCGCAGGCUGACCCCGUGGAGCUGGACUUCUCCACCGAGCGGCCGGUGCACCUGGUGAGCCCCGCCUUCCUGUCCUUCACCAUCGACGCCAACCUGGCCACGGACCCGCGGUUCCUCACCUUCCUGGGUUCUCCAAAGCUUCGUACUUUGGCCAGGGGCCUGUCUCCUGCGUACCUGAGAUUUGGCGGCACCAAGACGGACUUUCUAAUUUUUGAUCCCAAGAAGGAACCAACAUUUGAGGAGAGAAGUUACUGGCGAUCCCAAGUCAACCAGGAUGUUUGCAAGUCUGGAUCCAUCCCUUCUGAUGUGGAGAAGAGCUUACGGUUGGAAUGGCCCUUCCAGGAGCAAUUGCUCCUCAGAAACCAGUAUCAGAAAAAGUGGAAGGACAGCACCUACUCAAGAAGCUCAGUAGAUAUGCUCUAUACCUUUGCAAAUUGCUCCGGACUGGACUUGAUCUUUGGUCUAAAUGCAUUACUGCGAACAGCAGAUUUGCGGUGGAACAGUUCUAACGCUCAGCUGCUCCUGGACUACUGCUCUUCCAAGAGUUAUAACAUUUCUUGGGAACUAGGCAAUGAACCUAACAGUUUCUGGAAGAAGGCUGGUAUUUUCAUCGAUGGAUUACAGUUAGGAGAAGAUUUUAUUGAGUUGCAUAAACUUCUAGGAAAAUUCACUUUCAAAAAUGCAAAACUCUAUGGUCCUGAUGUUGGCCAGCCUCGAGGAAAGACAGUUAAGAUGCUGAGGAGCUUCCUGAAGGCUGGGGGAGAAGUGAUUGAUUCAGUUACAUGGCAUCACUACUACUUGAAUGGACGAAUUGCUACCAAAGAAGAUUUUCUAAACCCUGAUGUGUUGGACACUUUCAUUUUGUCCGUGCAAAAAAUUUUCCAGGUUGUUGAGGAGACCAGACCCCACAAGAAGGUUUGGUUAGGAGAAACAAGCUCUGCGUACGGGGGUGGAGCACCCUUGCUGUCCAACUCCUUUGCGGCUGGCUUUAUGUGGCUGGAUAAAUUGGGCCUGUCGGCUAGAAUGGGCAUAGAAGUGGUGAUGAGGCAAGUGUUAUUCGGAGCCGGGAACUACCACUUGGUGGAUGAAAACUUCGAACCUUUACCUGAUUAUUGGCUCUCUCUUCUGUUCAAGAAACUGGUGGGCACCAAUGUUUUAAUGGCAAGAGUGAAAAGUCCAGAGAGAAACAAACUUCGAGUAUACCUUCAUUGCACAAACAUCAACCACCCAAGGUAUAAAGAAGGAGACUUAACUCUGUAUGCCUUAAACCUCCAUAAUGUCACCAAGUACUUGCAGUUACCACAUCAUUUAUUUCGCAAGCAAGUGGACAAAUACCUCAUAAAACCUUCAGGACCUGAGGGGUUACUUUCCAAAUCUGUCCAACUCAACGGUCAAACUCUGAAAAUGGUGGAUGACCAAACCCUGCCAGCUUUGACAGAGAAGCCUCUCCGCCCAGGAAGUUCACUGGGCUUGCCAGCUUUCUCAUACGGGUUUUUUGUGAUCAGAAAUGCCAAAGUUACUGCUUGCAUCUGAAAAUGAAAAGCAUACACUAGCCCUGAGAUUGCAUUUUUCAAGUGUACCGACAAGAGGAAAGCAAAACUCAAGCUAUAGGAAACCAAGCAGAUACAUUACGGGUCAACCAGUGGGAGCUUUAGAGACCCUGGGACACUCAGUGCCAGAUUCAG